AUGCUCUCAGCGUUCCACGUUUUCAGCUUGGAGCCGCGUGCUGCGCGAGAGGAUGGGGUGCAGUGCAGCGUGGGGGAUUCCAUCAGUCGACUUGCGCAACUGUUUGAGGUGUGCCCGCAGAGCCUGCAAGCGCAGAUAGAAGAUCACCUCCCCAUUGCGCAGCAUGUCCAUCAAUCGACAGGAUGCCCACCUUUCCAAGCAUGGUCAACUGCCGUGGAGCGGUCGCAGAGUCGAGCAUCAACACGGGUCAAUUUUCCAGUGGAUGCCCUCACGGUCGUUCUCAUGCGCUAUGGUGCCUUCCAAGGAACUUGCACAACCAAGAUUGAGCGCCUGUUUUCCAAGAUUGCCAAGCAUAUUGCGCCAGACAGGGGCUGCUUGGACGAGAUGAACGAGCUUUGCGAGGUCAAGAUCCUGGCAGAUGGAGGGGUGGCUGUGGGCGAGUCGCCGCUGCUGAUGCAGCUUGCCCAGUGCCAUUGGGCCCUCAAUUUUGGAGUCCCAAGGGCGGCUCCAUCUCACGACCGACUGGACAAGGGUGUGCCUCGCAAGAGAAAAGCUGACACGGAAGCCGACUUGAAAAGGCGCAAGGCUGUUGCAGAGGACCAUGAUGUGAGCUUUGAGGACAUCAUGGCCCAAGCAGAGGAUGCAGCUGCACAGAUUCUGGCAUCAGAAGCCCAGCUGAGGAAGGAGAUGAAUAUGCAGACAUCCAGGCGAUACUACAACAAAGCCCUGGCCUUCCUGGAGGGGACGCUGCUUGAAUCUGAAGUGCCUUUGAAUUUGCUUGAAGUGGCCGAGGCCAUCAAGACAGUCCAACAAAGCAAUGAUGAGAAGAGGGACAAGCAAGCGCGCCGAUGCUUGCAAAUCAUGGCCCCUUCUGCACCCCAGCUUCAGGGCACUGCCAUCUGGCUGCAAGACGAAUCGCUUGCAAGAUUGCCUGAAUGCAGGAAUCUGCGGUUCGUGGCGGACAAGGCAGCAGAACGCAUUUUUUGCUGCGAUCCAGACAAUCCUGGCCAGCGCACCAAGUGGCACGUCACAUUGAAUGGAGGCACCAUCGUGAGCACCGACUACUUGCGGACUGGCGGGAAGAAGGGGGUGGCGUACCAGUAUGAAGGAGCUGUGACUGUGAGGCGGCACUUCUUUUUGUCCCCAGAGCUCGCUCAUGCGCACCCUCUGCUGGCUGAAAUUGUCAGAGCUGCAGCUGGACACCGGCAAUCCAAGUGGAAAAUGGUGACCACGUGGGAGUCCUUCCUGGAACGCCUAGAGCAGGAGAAGGGCAAGAAGACUGCGCUUGCGCUGACAGUGCCCGAGAUUGUGAGGAACGGCAUCCAGCACCGUCGGAGUGGCCGGGGGGG